GUGUGUGUUUUCUACACGUGGGGAACCUGCGUGGGGAGCAGUAAGAUCGAGCAACAUGGCUGCGUGCAGUGUGGAGGAGCUGCUGGCGAAAGCCGAGCAAGAAGAGGCCGAACAGCUGAAGAGCAUCUCCGUCCAGAAACCCCUGGAGCUGGAGUUUGACGUCGGGGACCUGCUGGCCUGCGACACCAACCGCAUCGAGACCCGCGACUUCAGGACUCAGAAGAAGGAGGACUUCCUCCGCUCGCUGGCCCGGGACAACACGCAGCUGCUCAUCAACGAGAUCUGGAAGCUCCCCACGGAGAGGGUGGAGGAGGCCAUCGUGGCCAAACUCCCGCAGCCCACGACGCGGCUGCCCCGGGAGAAGCCGCCGCCCAAGCCCCGGCCCGAGACCCGCUGGGAGCAGUUCGCCCGGCUGAAGGGCAUCCAGAACAAGAAGAAGACCAACCUGGUGUGGGACGAGACGGCCAAGGAGUGGAGGAGGCGCUGGGGCUACAAGAGGGCCAGGGACGACACCAAGGACUGGCUGAUCGAGGUGCCGGAGACCGCAGACCCCAACGAGGACCAGUUCCUCAAGCGCAGCAAGGCCAAGAAGGAGAGAGUGGCCAAGAACGAGUUCAACAGGCUGAAGAACAUCGCCAGGGCGCAGAAGAUCAAGACCCCCGGCGUGGGUUUGGUCCCCAAAGCCCAGCAGUCCAAGGACGAGCUGACCAAAGCUGUCAGCGUGGCCAAGACCUCCACGGCGUCCGCAGGGAGGUUCCAGGACCGGCUGCCCAAGGAGAAGCCGGUCAAGAACUCCGGCAAGAGGAGGAAGUUUGAGCCGCUCAUCGGGAACUUUUCUGAUGAGAAACACAGGCAGCUGGAGCUGCUGAAGGUGCUGGGCAGCAAGAAGCCCCAGCUGGACAUCACCAGGGCCGUGAACGCUCAGAUGAGAGAGGACGACAGAGAGGAGGCUGCCGCCAAGCGGAGGAAGGGAGCGGGGAAGGGGGGACGAAAGGGAAGCAUGGGGGGGAAGGGGGGGAAAGGAAAAGGAGGAAAAGCUGGAGGGGGGAAAGCUUGGGGAGGGAAGGCUGGAGGAGGAGGAGGAGGGAAGGGUGGAGGAGGAGGAGGGAAGGGUGGAGGAAGGAAAGGUGGAGGAGGGAAAGGUGAAGGAGGAGGGAAAAGGAGAGGUAAACCCGGAAAGCGCUGAGGUCCUGCUACACCUGAAACUUGAUUUAUGGUUCCGCGUUAAAUCGUUGGUGUAACGCCGAACCAUAAAUCAGCCUUACCCUAUGCCGUAGGCUCUGCGUUGAUGUGACGUGGAACCCUAAAUCAGCCUUGAGUGUCUGUGUCUGGGGGUCACAGUUGGACUGGACAUUUACUAUGAUCAUUUGAUUGUUUCUGGCAGGUGUGAUGUUUUGACAUAUAUGUUGCUCCUCUCCUUUUGUGUAAAUAUUAAUUAUGAACUGGGUGAAACGGAUCCACAGAGGCUCUACAGUUCGGUAUCAUUUUGUAUUUUCACUGUAACAAAAAAAUAAACUUUACCUUUGAUGUAAAA